UCUUUAAUCGAUGAUUGUAGAUAAUAUUUGAAUGUAAUGUCAAUUUUUGUAGCAGACGAAAAACAUAACCUUUCAUUUCAGGAUAUUUAAUUGUUAUUAAUGGUCCAAAUGAAAUAGAAUAAAGCUUAUCUAUUAUUGUAUGCAUAAUGGCGAAUGACAGGGAGGUAUUGAGAGAAAUUUGGGACGGUAAAAUUCCUGUCUGUUUCACGCUUGAUUCUGAAGAAAUAUGUGAAUUACAAGGACCUGACCCAUUUUAUCUGAUGGUACCUAGGUUAAGUUAUUUUCCACUCUGCACAGAUAAGAUACGAAAACAUUUUAUAAGACAUAUACAGAGUGAUAGUAAGCAAGAGCAUGAGAUGUGGUUAGAAUUUAAUGGUAUUCCCCUAAAGUGGCACUACCCAAUUGGUGUCCUUUUGGAUAUUUAUUCUAAUGACGUGGAAUUACCAUGGAAUAUCGUCGUUCAUUUUGAUAGGUUUCCAGAAAAUGUAUUGAUGCACUGUCAAAAUAAAGAAGUAGUGGAAGCAUACUUUCUUUCUUGUAUAAAGGAAGCAGAUGUAUUAAAGCACAGAGGUCAGGUUGUGUCUAGUAUGCAAAAGAAAGAUCACAAUCAAUUGUGGUCUGGUUUAUUGAAUGACAAGUUUGAUCAAUUCUGGUCUGUGAAUCGCAAACUUAUGGAGGCUAGUAAUAUUGAAGAAGGUUUUAAAUAUAUACCAUUUCGAUGUUACACAAGUGAAGACAAGUACGUACAAAAACUUGUAAAACCUAUAAAUGAAGAAGGCCAAAGAAAAACAUUGAGGCAUUUAUUGAAUGAAGUAUUUCCAGAUAAUGAAAAUGUUACAGUGUUCACCCAUGGUAUUACCCCACCUUUGGAAACACCCCUUCAGUGGAUGUCAGAACAUUUGAGUUACCCUGACAACUUUUUACAUUUAAUUAUGACAUAACCCACAACGAAUUGACUGAGCAUCAAUGAAAAUUUCAUAAACCGUGAGUUUAGUGUUAUUUUCUCUCGCCAAUAUCAUUGGCAUUCUACUUAUGAUCCGAUUACCAUGGAUCUUUUUAAUUUUUACAUACUUCAUAUUUAUUUUAUACGAGGUCGUUUAAUAAUGAUGUUCUAAUUUUUCUUGAACAUACAAAAUUACAACUGCUGCUUAUAUUGUUAUAAUGCACGAACGUAUGCAAACUUGGUCGGAAUUGCAAUAUGUAGACCUGUGCUCAGGUCAAGUCGAUAUUGGACCAUGUUUAUUAUAGAUCAAUCAAAGUAUAAUUCAAUCAACAAUAAUGUAUUCGAAGAUAUAUUGUAUAUUGUAAAAAUAUGAUUAUAUAAAUAUUUAAAGAAUCA